AUGCAAUAUUUCACUUUUUGGGAAAAUGUCUCUAAAGAAUUCGAUAUUCAUAAGUUUCUCCGUUUGGUUGUCAUAAUAGGUGGUUACAUCUUCUUUAGGCAAAGGUACUUGGAAUUUAUGAAACACUAUCAAGUCAAAAAACAGCUAGAAGAAGACCAUAAAAGGAAUGCUGAAGCUCUGGUUGAGAAGCCGAACAUUUCAGAGGCGGAAUCGACCGGUGUUGCAGGUAGCGAUAAAAGAUGGGGUUGGGGAAAACGGACAAGAAGUAAGGUCAAAGCACAGCAAAAACUUCUGCAAAAGCAACUAGAACAGGCGGCAGUGGAGGCUUCCCAAACGAGUGGACCUGAUAGUGAUGAGGAAAUAAAUGAGUUGCUGGAGGAUUGA